UGUCAAUUGAGGAACAGCGCUGCCGGUUGUCUUUCCGCCUGGGUGCACCGCAAGACGAGCCGUCCUAGUGGCAAAUAACGAAACGCCUUUAAACGGCCUCGUUGCGUCCUCCGGGACACUGAUCAAUGCAUUGAACAACCAAAUUAGUAGCGGCGAGGCCAGGAAGGUUGGGGCCCCGAGUGGGCGCGCACGAUGCGCAUAAUCGGAGCCCAGGCGUCGCCGGAAGGCCUAGCCUGUGCAGUGCUGGAUGAAAGUCGGCGUGUCCUGGCCAAGACACGUUUUGACACCGCCCUUGCCUGGGAUAUCAAUACCGAUGUGGAUGCAGCGGCAGCCGAAAUCGUGUCAGCUGCGAAGUCUUUGGCUGGCGCACUGUCGACUGUGGGUCAGGCCUGUGACGACCCCUGGCUCUCCAUCUCCGUCCUGUGCGUGGGUACGACAGCGUUAGAUCACGGUGGAUCGGAGGCAGAAGAUGCUUUCAAGGCUGCGGUGCAGAGGCUGCUGCCGCCAAGCCUACAGCUGCUGGUAUACCACAGCGCUGCGAUCGCGCUGGCCUCGGGCACCGGCGGACCGCUGACGGGAUGUGUGCUCCUGGUGGGGCAGGACACCAGCAGGGCCUUCGGCGCAGUGCCGGACCGCCGCACCGCUUCAUCCUCGGGCUGGGGGCCGGUCUUCAGCGACAGCGGCUGUGCCUACGACGUGGGCAUGCGCGCGUUGGCGGCGCUGAGCCGCGCGCAGGACGGCCGCGGCGCCGACACGCUGUUGGUGUCUGCCGUGUACCGGGAGCUGGGCGUGCAGAGGGCGGAGGACCUCAUCAGGUGGGCUCGCAGCCACAGCAGCAUCCCCUCGCGUGUGGCGGGUGUGGCCAGCCUGGCGCCGGUGGUGCUGGAGUGUGCGGCGCGCGGCGACACGGUGGCCGACGCGCUGGUGCGACACGCGGUGGGCGAGCUGCUGCGCGCCGUCAAGAGCGUGGCGGGGCGGCUGGGGCUGGACAGGAGCCGCCUGCCCUUCAACCUGGUGCUGGCGGGCCCGAUGCUGUCGGACGGCUCUGUGUUCAUGCAGUACCUGCUGGACGUGCUCAAGGACGGGUUGCCAACCGCAGACGUCAUCUACCCGCAGGCAGACGGCGCGGAGGCGGCGGCGUGGCUGGCGCUGUGGCUCCUAAAUCCGCAGCUGCCCGUGCCCCCGGUGCGGCGUGGGCUCUGAGCAGGCCGCGCGCCUUGCUGUCCUAGACCGCCGUGUCUGAUGUGGCAUCAGGAGGUGGGCAUGGUGCCAUCAACCAGCCACGGAUGCUUUUACCCUUGCGCCAGCGAGGGCCACGAACGUGGAAAGAUAGCGCGCUUGAUGUCCGGCUCAUGCGGUCAAGUAGCGCGGGCAGGGUUGUCAUGACCGUGUAUACACAGGGCGCGUGUGGGCGGCCUGGGCUUAACCCAUGCGGCGCGCGUGCACGGAAUGCAUUGUGGUAUAGCAUCGCAUUUGGGGUACCGCUACUCUUGUUCCGUGGUGCUGUACGUGUGCGCACACGUGAACAGACUGUAGCGCAGUAGAUACUAAGCUAUAUUGUCCAUGUGUGCUUAUCAAGGUCGAGCUUUAGCCCGUGAAGAGAAGUUCUUUUCCGACCAGGGCUAACUGGGGCGGGACACUGUCACUGGGAAUGAGUUGGCUUCAUAAGCGCUCUAAUCAUGACUGGGCAAACGGCAGCUGGUAUGCCAACUUGCGUGAAGUAUGUCCUUCUGUGGGAUAUGGCGCUGUUGCUGGCAAAUGUGCUACUUGCUGUGCCGAAAGGCCCAAACCUCGUCGAUGCAUUUGCUCCUAAAAGUAUUAAGGAUUACACACCUUACGUACGUAGUCAUGAGCCCGAUGGGUGGGUUGGGGCUGCACGAUUUUUCUUUUUGGGCUGCCGGAAUCCUGCGUACUGCUCCUGCUGCAGCGAAGUAGUUGGUUGGCGCGCCCCGAGGUAGCACACAUGGUACGGAGAGGGAAUGUGACAUUGUGGUGCUACUUUGCAGGGUACGACCUGGUGGCUGGCCGCAAUCCUGGCAUGCGCCGCACCAGCGGACUAGGGCUCUAGUGAAUGAAAGAGCAUUGUGUACGGGGGUGUGUACGGGGGUGGUUGGGCACGCAUAUGAAGUGCGCAACACAGAUGGGGGGCGUCGGAAAGCUGCGGCAGAAUGGAGAGAUACCGGGCGAAGUCGGAGGAUAGGUGGACCUUUGCAUGGAUUGGCAUGGCUGUUGCUAUGAGUCUUCGGUAUCACUGUAGGGGCACGCCUGGCGGUACUGCAGUACUGCGGUGGCGUGGCGGGGUCGUGCCUCUGGGUCAUGUCUGGGUCGUGCACCGCAUUGAGUAGGGGUGCCUCUGGGUCAUGUCUGGGUCAUGCACCGCAUUGAGUAGGGGUAGCCGGACAGGCGUGUGCAGGCGUGCACGGCCGCGCCAGCAUACUGUAUGUUAGCAAACCUUGGGUGUGGCCAGCUGUUGCUGGUGUUGGAUAUGGUGCUAGGUGCAUUAGAAUGCGACGGGACACGGCGAGGGGCAGGUUGGCGUAGACCUGUAUUGUGGCAGCGUGUUUAACGGACCCCAGCACUCAACAAUCAAGUUGCGACGGCAAGGCAUUAUUGCGCGGUGGUCCAAACGCCGGAGUUGUUUUUACCAACGAGUACGCUACAAGUGCUGGCAAGCUGGCAGUUUGCUGAUACCGUACGCAUUCGU